UCACUCAGCCAACCAAACUUGGCAGUGGUACAACACAACCAUGGUUAGAAAGUGAAGAGUGAAGUAAGCCAAUCCCGAGAUUCUGCGGCGGAAGACCCAAUUUCUCCUCUCCUUCAAUCGACGGUUCUAUAAAUGAUCCUCUGAUUAUCUCCGGCCACCGUCUCUCUGCGCUUCUCCACCUUCAGAAGCGCGGUAGAGAGAGAUUUCGCAUUGCUGCCUCCGCAUUUGUGCCUUCAUUUCUCCUCAGCAACAUCAUUUUUCCGCAGCUCGAAGGCCCCAUCUACCACCAGUUCACAGUCCACCAGAAUAUAAAGAUGGCUGGUGACGAUUUUGGUGUUGACUUUGACUGGGACACUGAAGAUGAGCUGGAAAUUGAGAAUAUACCCUUAGCCUCUCAUGCGAGUUUGACAUUUCCUGGUGUAGAAGCAAAUCUGGUAUCUGGAGAGGCAAGCUCAUCUGCAGGUCCAUCCAACUCUAAGAUAGUUGAUCAUUUUAUAGGAAUGGGGUUUUCUGAGAAAAUGGUUGCCAAAGUAAUCCAGGAAAAUGGAGAGGAAAAUACCGAUUCUAUUCUUGAGACCCUCCUCACAUUGUCGGCUCUUGAAAACUCUCCUCCAAAACAGCAGCAUAUUGAUACUGAUGGCUCCUUUUCGGAUUAUGAAGGAAGUUUUCUGGAUGAUUUUACUGAUUUAGACAGUGAUUCUGAAAACGAGGGGACUGCAAAACCUGUAUCUGAUGUUGACAACAAAAUGAUGUUCUUGGUGGACAUGGGGUUCUCUGAAGAUGAAGCUUAUGCAGCAAUUGAGAGAUGUGGUGUGCAUUCCUCACUUGCAGAGCUGACAGAUUUUAUAACUGCUGCUCAAAUUUCAAAGGAUGCAGAUGUUCUUCUUGGGGAACUUCCGGAUAGGCCGAAGCCGAAGAAUCUCAAUGGCUGCAAGCUAAAAAAGAGAAGGCAUUAUGAAUACGAGGCAUGGAAAAAGAAAAAACCGAAGUGCUUCGACGACGACGAUGAGACAAUUCGUCUGCCAAACCCAAUGAUCGGGUUUGGGGUUCCCAAUGAUCUAUGCGCUACAUUUCACAGAAAGCUUCCAGAGACAGCCAUUGGACCUCCCUACUUUUACUACGAAAACGUGGCACUCGCUCCAAAAGGAGUUUGGAGUACAAUUUCCCGCUUCUUGUAUGAUGUCGAACCAGAAUUUGUUGAUUCCAAAUAUUUCUGUGCUGCUGCAAGAAAAAGAGGCUAUGUUCACAAUCUCCCCAUAAAUAACAGAUAUCCUCUUCUUCCUCAGCCUCCCCACACUAUACAUGAAGCAUUUCCUCUAACAAGGAGGUGGUGGCCCUCAUGGGAUACAAGAACACAAUUAAAUUGUUUACAAACUUGCAUUGGAAGUGCUCGACUGACCGAUAGAAUUCGCAAAGCUCUUGAAGAUUAUGAUAGCGAACGUGAUCCGCCAUUAUCUGUGCAGAAGUUUGUCUUAGAUCAAUGUAGAAAAUGGAAUUUGGUUUGGGUUGGAAAAAAUAAGGUUGCCCCCCUCGAGCCCGAUGAAGUGGAAAUGCUUCUGGGCUUCCCCAAGAACCAUACUAGGGGUGGUGGAAUUAGUAGGACAGACAGAUACAAGUCUCUUGGCAAUUCCUUCCAGGUCGACACCGUGGCAUACCAUCUUUCAGUCUUGAAGGACAUGUUCCCAGGAGGAAUAAAUCUCCUCUCUCUGUUUUCUGGCAUUGGUGGUGCAGAAGUGGCACUCCAUCGCCUAGGUAUCCCUCUUAGAAAUGUCGUCUCUGUCGAUAUUUCGGAAGUAAACCGAAACAUCGUUCGAAGUUGGUGGGAGCAAACGAACCAGAAGGGGACUUUGAUUGAUCUUGCUGAUGUGCAAGAGCUAGAUGCAGAUAGGUUACAACAUUUUAUGAACUUAUUUGGAGGUUUCGAUCUCGUAGUCGGAGGGAGCCCUUGUAAUAACCUUACGGGUAGUAAUAGGUACACUAGGGACGGACUCGAGGGCAAAGAGUCCAUCUUGUUUUACGACUACUUUAGAAUCUUAGACUUGGUCAAGUGUAUAGCCACCAAAACUGAAUGAUUUGGUUGUAAAGGAAGCCCUCAAUCUUUCUGCAGUCAAGAACAUGCUAUAUUUUAUAGAACAAAGUAACCAUGUUAGUUUCAGUAAAUAAUUAACUGUUGAAAGAUGAGGCUUUUAUAAUUAUUAUUAUAUCAUAUCAUUAUUUGGCCCUUCUA